GGGAGCGCGCGAGCCGGCGGCGGGGGCGGGCGGCGGGAGGCGGCAGCGGCGGUGGAGCGCAGAGCCUGAGCCCGGCCGGGCCGAGCGCAGCGCAGCGGGCCGGGGAGAGGCUGGCGCGCCCGCGGCCCCGCGAAUCCUUUGGCAUCCGCCCCGGCGGGCUGCCCCGGCGCGGGUGAAGCAUGGAGCUGCGUGUGGGAAAUAAGUACCGCCUGGGCCGAAAGAUCGGCAGUGGAUCCUUUGGAGACAUCUACUUGGGUGCCAACAUUGCCUCUGGUGAGGAAGUAGCAAUCAAGCUCGAAUGUGUGAAGACAAAGCACCCACAGCUCCACAUUGAGAGCAAGUUUUACAAGAUGAUGCAGGGAGGAGUGGGGAUCCCAUCCAUCAAGUGGUGCGGGGCUGAGGGUGACUACAAUGUGAUGGUCAUGGAGCUGCUGGGGCCCAGUCUCGAGGACCUUUUCAACUUCUGUUCCCGAAAGUUCAGCCUCAAGACGGUGCUGCUGCUGGCCGACCAGAUGAUUAGCCGCAUCGAGUACAUCCACUCCAAGAACUUCAUCCACCGGGAUGUGAAGCCUGAUAACUUCCUCAUGGGCCUGGGGAAGAAAGGCAACCUGGUCUACAUCAUUGACUUCGGCCUGGCCAAGAAGUACCGUGAUGCCCGCACCCACCAGCAUAUCCCCUACCGGGAAAACAAGAACCUGACUGGUACUGCCCGCUAUGCCUCCAUCAACACCCACCUGGGCAUCGAGCAAAGCCGUCGAGAUGACCUGGAAAGCUUGGGCUAUGUGCUGAUGUACUUCAACCUGGGCUCCCUGCCCUGGCAGGGUCUCAAAGCCGCCACCAAGCGUCAGAAGUAUGAGCGGAUUAGUGAGAAGAAGAUGUCAACGCCUAUCGAGGUCCUCUGCAAAGGCUACCCCUCCGAGUUCUCAACAUACCUCAACUUCUGCCGCUCCCUGCGGUUCGACGACAAGCCUGACUACUCCUACCUGCGCCAGCUCUUCCGAAAUCUCUUUCACCGGCAGGGUUUCUCCUAUGACUACGUCUUCGACUGGAACAUGCUCAAAUUCGGGGCUUCCUCGAGCCAGGCUCAGCCCCAAGACAAGGAAGCUCUUGCGCCACCCUGUCCCCGCCCUUGGCCUUGCGCUGGGCCGGCAUACUCACCCACUUACUGGUGCCCGGCGCCCCUGGGCACCCAAGGACCCCCAGAUAGGCCGGUAGAGGAGGUGGACCAACUGCCUCCCCAAAGAUACUGGCCUGUGGUCUGGACUCCAGGGCCCCAGUUCUGACACCGCCAGAGCUAUCUCAGCCCAUCUCAGCCAAGCUUGAGGAAGCACCCUGUGGGAUGGCGGGGUGAGACCCUGUUCCAGAGAGGUGGCUGUUCAGUGGAGAGGGUGACAGAAAAGAUCCCACAUGGGAUUUCUCAAGAAUGAACCAGCUGCCUGAGGGCUAGGACAAGCCUGAAGAAGGGAUAGUGACGUUGCCUGGGAGGGGCUUGGUGGCACAUCACAGGACCUUGUUCCAUCUGGACCUCAUCGUUGGCCUGUGUAUUGAUUCUGAGCUCAUUAAACACUUCCCUUCCCUUCCCGUCGUGUGCCUCUCUUUUCACAGAGUGGCCCUUGGCCUGCUCUAUCCAGUGUCAAGAAUGAGCAUAGAUCUUGUCCUCUGAACACCAAGAUGAACACAAUUAUUUUGGGCUCCUCUUCUCUCUAGGCCAUAGUCAGUGGCCUAGGCCUGUUUUGUUUUGUUUUGUUUUAUGAAGCCUCACAGGCCAGGGACCUUGGGGACAAACUUGUGGCUUUUAUUUAUCUCUGGGGCUGGAGUGAAAAGUGGGCAGGGAAGUUCUGCCCAGCUCAGAGCAUGUUGGUUAAGGGCUUGGUCAUGGGGCUAGCUCUUCUUGUCAAGGCUGCCCAGAGUGUUGGGUACCAGAUGUGUGCUACAGAAAACCAGCUGAAUCCAGUCUGAGGAUGGGCUUGUGUCCUUUUCCUCAGUAAAGCUUGAAGAAUGGAUUUUGUGUUCUCUAGGCCAGUGCAGCCUACUCUAGUAGACUCUGGCCAUGUAGUGCUGACUUUUUCAUUCACUAAAAUUAUUGGAGAUGGACACUGACUUCUCAGUCAUCCACCAGAUUGCACUCAGAAAGUCAUAAGUGGCUGCUCCACCCACCGUGACAAAUGUGAACAUUGGUUAUUCUGGGAGGUUCUAUGGACAGCUGAUGGAGAUGCUUCCUUCACAAUGCCCCUUGUGUUACUGGCCAAACUGACAAAAUUUCAAACUUGGCCAGAUGUGCCCUCCCUGCCCCAUUGCUGCUAUCCUGAUCCCUUCCUUGGAGUCAUCUUGGAAGUAGACUCUAGAGGUCAAAGGUGGACAGCCUUUUCCUCCACCAUGUGUGACCUGCAUGGCCAGCUCCAUUACCAAGAACAUCUACAGGACACACAUCAGAAACUUUCACAGCCAUCACUCCAAGACCAGCCUUUCCCACCUGCCCUGCAAUAAACAAACCAUUACCACUACUCUACAGACAGGGCUCCGUGAGCAACAGACUGGAAAGAUCCACUUCACCUUCCAUAUUCCACCUCAGGGGAGUGGAGUCCCCCAGAUGCUUGAAGCCUGGGAUGUCUCUCUGAGAACACAGCCACUGUUCUAGCCAGGAAGAGAUGCCAUACCACCAAGGACAAGGUCUGCACAGUAGAGCCAGACAUUUGUGUGACUUUGACACUGUUUUCUUGUGGGUAAUAAAGGCCAUGAAAACUC